AUGCCGGGAGCCGUUUCACAGAGACCGAGGCAGAAGAACGCCCCUGCAUCCCUUUGGUCUGCUCCAAUCACACAUCGUCAUCCUAGACCGGAAUCUCUCGCAAACCGCCACGAUCCGCCCGUCCGACUCCCUCGCCUGAGUGUACGGGAAGCGCCUCCUGCCUCAGCCUCCAACCUCCAAGUUCGAACCAACGCACUUUUCGAAACCCGAACCAACCCUCAACCUCAGCAAACCCUACAUCUUACAGCCUCUCGCCUCACCAGAUCAGCGACCAUGGCGCUGUGCCAAAAUCGAUUGCAGGAGGAGAGAAAGCAGUGGCGACGGGACCAUCCAUUUGGGUUCUACGCAAAGCCCCAACGCAAUGCUCAAGGUGUCCUCGAUCUGAAGGUUUGGGAGUGUGGCAUACCCGGCAAGGAGAAGACACUUUGGGAGGGAGGGCUCUUUAAACUGAGCGUUAUCUUCCCUGAUGAGUAUCCCACAAAGCCACCAAAAUGCAAAUUUGUCCCCCCUCUCUUCCAUCCCAACGUCUACCCAUCUGGUACGGUCUGCCUGUCGAUCUUGAACGAGGAGGAGGGCUGGAAGCCAGCGAUCACCAUCAAGCAAAUUCUUCUAGGUGUCCAGGACCUGCUGGACGACCCGAAUCCAGAUUCCCCCGCCCAGGCUGAUGCAUUCCAUCUCUUCAAGAAAGACCGUGCGGCAUAUGAGAACAAGAUCAAGAGGCUUGUUCGAGACAACCCGGCCCCUUAG